ACUGUGUAGCUCUGACAGGACAGGCAGGCGGCAGUGUCAACAGAGCUCACGGUGCAGUGUGGACAGACAGCAGCAACACUGAAUCAAGCUUCUCUCAAACUUACACCAGCAGUUUAUCACAAUGAACUCAGAGCCUGUUGUCAUCAUCUCUGCUGCACGGACACCAAUUGGGUCCUUAAACGGUGCUCUGUCCACGGUGCCUCUGCCUGACCUGUGUUCAGUUGUGAUCAAGGAUGUUCUGAAGCGGGCCGGGGUGAAGCCAGAAGAGGUCUCUGAGGUUAUCAUGGGACACGUCCUAACAGCAGGUCAUGGGCAGAACCCGGCACGGCAGGCCAGUGUUGGGGCAGGUAUCCCCUACCCUGUCCCGGCCUGGAGCUGCCAGAUGGUGUGUGGCUCUGGGCUGAAGGCUGUGUGUCUGGGAGCUCAGUCCAUCCAGACUGGAGAGUCCACUGUGGUGGUGGCAGGGGGCAUGGAGAGUAUGAGCAGGGCUCCUCACACGCUGCAAAUGAGAGCAGGUGUGAAGAUGGGCGAUGCCUCCCUGCAGGACUCCAUGGUGGCUGACGGCCUGACAGACGCCUUCCAUGGCUACCACAUGGGCAUCACAGCUGAGAAUGUGGCAAAGCAGUGGGAAGUUAGUCGAGAGGAGCAGGACCUGUUUGCUGUCCAGUCCCAGAACAAAACAGAGGCUGCACAGAAAUCUGGACAUUUUGAUCAAGAGAUUGUCCCAGUCAUGGUGCCAUCCAGAAAAGGUCCAGUGGAGGUGAAGAUGGACGAGUUUCCUCGCCACGGCAGCAACAUGGAGAACAUGUCCAAACUAAGACCCUGCUUCAUUAAGAACAGCAGUGGCACAGUCACCCCUGGGAACUCCUCAGGUAUUAAUGAUGGAGCAGCAGCAACUGUCCUAAUGAGCCAAUCGGAGGCUGUGAGACGUGGCUUAAAACCCAUGGCCAGAAUCGUAUCGUGGGCUCAAGCUGGCCUUGACCCGUCUAUCAUGGGAACUGGACCAAUCCCGGCCAUCGGGAAAGCGGUUGAAAAAGCAGGCUGGCAGUUGGACCAAGUCGACUUAUUUGAGAUCAAUGAAGCUUUUUCUGCCCAGUCCGUCGUUGUGGUUAAAGAGCUUGGCCUUAAUUUAGACAAGGUGAAUGUGAAUGGUGGUGCCAUCUCCCUGGGUCAUCCCAUUGGUAUGUCUGGCUGCAGAGUGCUGGUCACCUUGUUGCACACACUUCAGAGGACUGGAGGCCAUAAGGGCGUGGCAUCUCUCUGCAUUGGAGGAGGGAUGGGCAUCGCCAUGUGCGUGGAGAGGGUUUGAGAGGAGAACCUAAUUCUGCUUCAGAUUGAACUUUCAUCUUUUUUUAAUGUAUAAGGGAUACUUUAAAUUGUUUACACUGUGGGACAUGAUAUAAAAUGAUUUACCUCAAUUCUUAUCUUGGAUCUUAUCCAAUAGCUUGCCCUACUCACUGAACUUUAAAUUAACCCUUCCUCAGGUAAUAGCUGUGUAGCAUGUGACUUAAUGUUAAAGGAUUUAAGAUGUCUAGAUAAUGUAAAUCUAGUGUAUACUUACAGCUUAAACAUGCUGGCAUUAGAUGUGCCAAGUAAGCGCCAUGCUGCAGUUUGUAGUUGCUGUUAAGUAAUCAAUGAGGGGGGAACUGUUUUCAGUUACCUGUACAGAAAAAAGUGAAACAAACUGCAAAUGCAAGACUUUUAGCGCCUAGUAUGGAAGACAUGCACCAACUCUGUUGAUCAUUUUUAAAUUGUGGUGUAAUUUGAUGGUUUCAAGCACUCAGAUUCAGAAUCAGAAUUCAACAUUCCACUUUAGAGCUAACUGCAGCCCUGAAACAGUGCCAUAACGUUAAGUACGCUAGCCUUCUCUAAUCUCGUGUUUCCUGUACAUAGCACGAUGUCUGUGAAAACGUUUCCUGUAAUCCAUCUGUUCUACAUAUCAAUAAAGAAUGCUAAGCCCUAGAGUCAA